CCAACCCCAUCAUGGCCCACCGGUCCCAGAGUUCGGACUUCGGGGACAACCCCUUAGAUCCUAACUUCCUGCCCCCCCACUACAGAGAAGAAUACCGCCUCGCCAUCGAUGCUCUGGUGGAGACAGAUGUACAGGGCUACUAUGAGUUCCUUCAGACAGCAGACGUGGUGGACUUCCUCUGUCAACCGGAGAUCGAACACAUCAAGACCACCAUCAAGACACCAGGCCAAGCUUCGACCUCCAACUUACCUCAGCUGCCCUAUCAUGAGGCAGAUGCAGACGGCUCGUCAGACACCUACUGGCCGAUGCACUCUGACACGGCGGCCCCGGGGUUGGACCUGGGCUGGCCCCUCCAGGCGCACAGCUUCAUCGGCCCCACAGAGGUCACGACCCUGGUCAAUCCCAGCGACCCCGACAUGCCCAGCAUCAAGGAGCAGGCCAGGAGGCUCAUCAAGAACGCACAGCAUGUGAUUGCCGUGGUGAUGGACAUGUUUACAGACGUGGAUCUGUUUGCUGACUUGCUGGAUGCUACGGCGCGUCACGUCCCCGUCUACAUCCUAUUGGACGAACAGAACGCCCAUCACUUUGUCUCCAUGGUGACUAACUGCAAGAUCAACCUAGACCUUGUCCAUAUGAUGCGUGUGCGGACGGUGGCGGGGGUGACGUAUUUCUGUCAGACAGGGAAGUCGUUUAAAGGACAGGUGAAAGACCGCUUCCUAUUGGCUGACUGCAGGGCCGUGCUCAGCGGAAACUACAGUUUCAUGUGGUCCUAUGAGAAGCUGCAUCGCUGCAUCGCUCAUCUCUUCCUGGGAGAACUGGUCACGACCUUCGACGAGGAGUUCCGCAUCCUGUUCGCCCAAUCACAGCCUCUCACCGUAGACCACGCCCUAGUGCCCGUCUCCUCUGACAGCAGCAGCAGCAGUUACUACGGCAACCAGUUCGGCCUGAAGGGGACCCAGUCCCUGCGACGCACUCUGGGUUUCCAACCACACACCCCAGAACUUACGGCCUAUCCCUUCGGAGGAGGAGGAGAAUCCGAGCGUUCUGCAUUCCGUAGGGAUGACCUGUUCCGAAACACCAUAGAAUCCGGAGGAGGACUGAACCUUGGGAGGUUUGCAGCGUCGCAGCAGUUAAGGAUGCAGCAGUCCUUCCUGGAACAGGGCCGCACCAUGGUCUCCAGGCAGAUGGAGAUAAGCACCAGUGACUAUAAGGGGCAAAGCUAUGCAGAGGGAACCCAGGAGAGCUACUCCUCUUCCAGACAGUACAUGAAGCACAGAGUCGUGAACAACCUGGAGGAGACAGAGCAGCACUACCACAGGGAGCAGAGCCAGUCCAGCCACUACUACCAGGGUGGCGAGGGACCUGGGUUAAAGCCGGGGCUAGGAUCAGGGCUAGGAGGACCUGGGUCCGGCCAUGGACGCUACGACAGGCUGAGGAACAGACCAGCGCUGGACCAGUACUCUGACUCAGGCUACCCCCACGAGGAACCUCCUGGUCCAGAGGGCUACGGUGGAGACUUCCUCUCCUCUCAGGACCUGAAACACGACCCGGGACCACCACCGGCAGGGGGGAGGUAUGGAGGUGGCAGCGGUCACAAGAGGCCGACGGUGGGCCAGCCCUACGCCUGCCAGUCAUCCCCAACCCAUCCCAACCCCCCAGAGAAGCAGCUGUUCCCCGUCCCAGUGGAGGCGGACCAGGACCCCAACGUCAGACAGGGCCUCCGCAGCUGGAGGAUCAACUCCUACCUCAGCGCCUACGGGGACACAGGAGAGGAGGGGCUGCCCCAACCUCUGGGCCCUGACGCUUUCCAAGACCCAGAGUCUGAGGGGAAACCGUACGCCCAUGAGGGGUCUGUACCCCGCUUUGAGGCGAGAGAGCCUCCGAAUAUCCCCUCCAAGCCUAGGCCGGAUAUCCGACCGCCACGAUACAGCAAGCCCUUCAUGCCUGAGAGCACGGGAAAGGACGGGGCCGACAGCAGGACCAUAGAGCGGGCGGGAGCGAGAGAGAAAGACAGAAUGUCAUCGUCGAGGGAGGCCCCGGGGGAGGUUGUGCUUUCCAAACACGAGUCGUUCCGGACGCGGAUCAACCCGAUGCUCCAGAGGAGCUCCCGGCUGCGCUCCUCCCUCAUCUUCUCCUCCUCCAAGACGGAGACCCACCUGGGAGGCCUGGGCAUGAAGGUGGCCAACGAGGAGGAUGAGGAGUCUGACCUGCUCCGCACCACCUCCAUCGUCCAACAGAUCCUGGAGAAGAGACACUCCAAGUCCCGGGAACCCUUCGAGUGGCGGAAGAAGGCAGAGGAGAACGAGAGAGAGAAGAAGAAGGCAGAGGAAGAGAAAGAGGCUGGGUUGAAAGAGGAGCCUACACCCCCCAAAGUCACCCCAGCAUCUACAAAUCUCCCCAAACCCCAGCCAUUGAACAUGAACGACCCUGCCAAUAGACUGCAGUACUUCAAGGAGCUGGCUGCUAAGAGAAACGCAUCCAAAGAGGCCGCGAUGAAAGGACCUCUUCAGAAGACACCAGACCUCUCAGACACUCCUUCUUCCACCAACUCCUCCUCCUCCACCACCACCUCUUUCCCCACCACCACUUCCUCCACCACCACUUCCUCCACCACCACCUCUUCCUCCACCACCACCUCCACCACCACCUCUUCCCCCACCACCACCACCACCACCUCGUUCUCUGUGACUGCUCCAGAGCCUGCCCCAAUGAAACCACAAGUCCCAGCCACAUUAGAGCAAACACGCAAACUGUCCAUCACCUCAAGAUUCAAAACCUUUGAGCCUUCUACUACCACAGCCCAGAGAAAAGACAGCAGCUCGGAGUCACAGAGAAAAGACAGCAGCUCGGAGUCACAGAGAAAAGACAGCAGCUCGGAGUCACAGAGAAAAGACAGCAGCUCGGAGUCACAGAGAAAAGACAGCAGCUCGGAGUCACAGAGGAAAGACAGCAGCUCGGAGUCACAGAGAAAAGACAGCAGCUCGGAGUCACAGAGAAAAGACAGCAGCUCGGAGUCACAGAGGAAAGACGAGCCCAGUAAGAUUCUGAAGCCAUUCCCUUCUCUGAAGCUGUUCAAGAGCUCCAACCCUCGCCGCGUCUCCUGCGAUGAGGAAACGCUAACGACAGACGCCACGGACGCGGAGAAGAGCGAGCGGAAAAAACAUCGCUCCCAAAGCUUGUCCAGUAUGUCUCGGGCCGAGUCCAAGGAGGGGCUCCACAAGAGCCUGGGCUCCAACACCUCCCUCAACACCCUGGGAGGGGAGGGCAAGGCCGACGCCAAGCCCCUGGACUUCCUCAAGAAGCACACCCAGAAACUCAAAGGCUUCCUGGCUCCCAAGGACAAGAAGAGCUCUGGCGGUGCAAUAUCGGCUUCCAGCGGAGACAACAAGACGAUGAGAACUGUGACGGAGAGCUCCGAGGAGUCUGGGACCGCCGCCACACACCUAAGCUCCUCUUCCACUGCUGAUGCUAAAGCCGCAGGCGACGUAACUUUCUCAGACAAUCACAACGCUGCGUCUAAAACGACAGGUCCGUCUCGGUACCAGAGCUCCAGCGGCUCCAUUCUGUUCAGUAGCAACCUGAGAGAUGACACCAAGGUCAUCCUGGAACAGAUUUCUGCCAACAGCCAGAAGAACCGUUUGGAGAGAGGAGGAGAGGAGGCCGGAGGGGAGAAGGGGGUAGACGUGGCAGGAGAGAAAGGAGGGCUGAAGAGGGAGCCGUCGCUCGGGAGGAACCGCUUCCUGAGGCCCCAGGUCAACCCUCAGGAGAGAGACAGCCUGCUGAAGAGGAUGGAGAGCAUGAGGAAGGAGAAGAAGGUCUACAGCCGCUUUGAGAUGGGGAAUAACUUGGGAUAACUAAAGAUGGCCGAGGAACCUAUUGACUGGAAGCUGAGUAUGUGUGGAGGGCUCACAAACACCCCAUUCCCAAUUCACCAGCAUUCGUGGCAAACGCAUCAUCAGAACACCAAAAAGAGAGAGAACACAUUUUAGUCAUUUAGCAGACACUCUUAUCCAGAGCGACUUACAGUUAGUGAGUGCAU